AUGUCCAGUCAGACAAGAAACGAAGUGAAAGCAAGAUUGAGACCUUUCGGGAUCGUUUUUGAGAAAAGUCUCUCUGAUUUGGUUAAAGGUAUAAGAUCACAUAAGGAUCCAGAAUCACAGGCAAAAUUCUUACAAGAAGCUAUUCAAGAAUGUAGAAAAGAAGUUCGUUCAAGUGAUAUGGAUUUGAAGACAAUGGCUGUUUUAAAAUUGGCAUAUUUGGAAAUGUACGGGUUUGAUAUGUCUUGGGCUAAUUUCCAUGUUUUAGAAGUUAUGAGUUCUUCCAAAUUUCAACAAAAAAGAGUUGGUUAUCUUGCUGCUAUCCAGGCAUUGAAAAAUGAUAAUGAUGUAUUAAUGUUGACAACAAAUUUAUUGAAAAAAGAUCUUAAUUCAUCCAAAAGUGUUGAUGUUGGUGUUGCAUUAAGUGGGAUUUCAUCAAUUGUAACAACUCCAUUAGCUUCUGAUAUUACAGAUGAUGUUAUCAAGAUGUUGAAUCAUUCAAAACCAUAUAUUCGUAAGAAGGCUAUAUUGACAAUGUUUAAGAUUUUUUUAAAAUAUCCAGAAGCCCUAAGAACUCAUUUACCAAGAUUAUUUGAUAAAUUAAAUGAUGAAGAUCAAUCUGUUGUUACUGCAACUAUUACUGUUAUAUGUGAAUUAUCCAAGAAAACUCCUAAAGUGCUGAUCAACUUAGCACCACAAUUAUAUGAUUUAUUAAACACUUCAAAUAAUAAUUGGAUGUCUAUAAGAUUGUUGAAAUUAUUUUCUUCAUUGACCUCGGUGGAACCACGUUUAAAAAAUAAAUUAUUAAAACCUGUAUUAGAAUUAAUGUCAACUUCAAAAGCUUCAUCAUUAAUUUAUGAAUGUGUCAAUUGCUUAGUCACGGGGAAUAUGAUUGAUGAAAAUGAUUAUGAAGUUGCUAAUUUAUGUUUAGAAGAACUUGUUGAAUUUUUUAAAGAAAAAGAUCAAAAUUUAAAAUAUGUUGGAUUAUUAGCUUUUUUCAAAAUUGGUAAAAUUAAUCCAGAAUUUAUAAGUUCAUAUUCUGAACAUAUUUUGGAAUAUCUUGUGGAUGAUGAUUUAACAAUUAGAGAAAAAGCAUUAGCUAUUGUUGAUGGUAUAGUUAAUGAUGAAAAUUUAUUUCAAAUUGUUAAAUUAUUAAUGAUUCAAUUAGUCCCACCACAAGAGAAUGAAAAUGAUUCCAAUAUUGAAGAUCAUGGUGAUUUAAGUUCAUAUUUACCACAAAAUAAAAAUACACCAGUAGUACUUACAGAUCAAUACAAGACAAAUAUAAUUUUAAAAAUUUUGGAAAUUUCAUCAAGAGAUAAUUAUUCAAAUAUACCAACAUUUGAAUGGUAUAUCGCAGUUUUAACAGAUUUAAUUGAUUUAUCAAUUGUUAAUAAUUUAAUUACAGGUUAUGAAAUUGGUGAACAAAUUAGAGAUAUUGCUAUAAGAGUACCAAGUAUUAGAGGACAAAUUGUAUCAACAACAAUUAAGAUUAUAACUAAUGAAAAUAUUGUCUUGAAAUUACCACAAGUCUUGAAAGAAUGUAUUUGGGUUGCUGGAGAAUAUUCAUCAUUUAUUAAGAAUGGUGAUGAUUUGAUUUAUAAGAUUUUAUCAUUUGAGAAUAAAUUAAUUCAAUUAGAUUCAGAAAUUUUAUCAAUUUAUAUACCUGCAAUUAUGAAAAUUUUUAAUAAUUAUGUUAAUAAAGAUUCAAAUUAUUGGGAUAAUGAUAAGGCUGAAAUAAUUUUAAAAAUAACUAAAAAAAUCAUUUUGUUUUUCGAAAAAUUAUCUAUAUCAAGACAUUUUGAAAUUCAAGAAAGAUCUGUUGAAUUUUUAGAAUUUUUAAAAUUAAUAAUUGAUGCUAUAAAUGAACAUGAUUCUAAUGCUAUAGAACCUCCUUUAUUAUUAACCGUUGCAUUACCUUCUUUUUUCAAUUCAUGGGAAUUAAAACCAAUUUCACUAGGUUCACAAAAAAGAAUUCCAAUUCCUGGUGAUUUAGAUCUUGAUACUGUGAUAAAUCCAGAUGUUUGGGAAGAAUUAAUUGAUCAAGAAAGUGAAGAUGAAAGUAUUAUAGAAGAAUUUGAAGAAGGUUUAUACGAAGAUCAAGGUGGCUAUGAAUUAGAUGAUCAUGAAACAUAUAUUGGUGGUAAUGGCAAUGGUAAUGGUAUUGAAAGAUCACCAAGUGAAGAAAAUGAACGUCGUAAAAAUGAAAGAUUGGAAAGAUUAAAAGAUGAUCCUUAUUAUUUAUCAAAUGAUUCACAUUCACAAAUCUUAUCACCUAAAUCUAGGAAUGAAUUAAUUUCACCGACUCCAAGAUCUUUAACUCCAACUUUAAUUGAGAUUGAUGAUGGUGUAUUAAAUGGUCAUAAAUCAUCAUCAUUAAUUAAUAAAUCUGAUAAGAAAUUGAAGAAAAAGAAGAAAAAUGUUGUUAUAUUGAGUGAUGAAGUUAUUGGAGGUGUUGAUCAACCAAAUUCAGAUCCUGAUUCUGAUAGAUCUAAACCUAUAAAACCAACAACAACCAAAAAACGUAAAAAUGUAUUAAAAAUUGAUAGUUCUAAUUUAGAUAAUUUUGAUUUUGAUUCACCACCAGAACCUGAAAAAGAUGAAGGAUUAUUAGAAGUGGAAAAAUUAAGGAAAAAAUUAGAAUCAAAUUCCAUAACAAAUCAAUCAUUAGAUUCAAAACCUAAUGAUGAAGUUAUCGUAAUUAGAAAAAAGAAGGAUAAAAAGAAGAAGAAACCAAAAACUGAUGAGAAUGGGAAUCCAAUAGAGAAGAAAAAGAAGAAGAAACGUACAACAACAAGUACAGAAGGUACAUCUGAACAAGUUGAACCAGUUGAACCAGUUGUGAAUCCAACUGAUGAGUAUUGA